UGCACACUCUCUGUGCUUUGUGGCUGCAUGUUGAGGGCUUUUCCAUAUGAAUGGGUGGGUCUCUCAUCUGAGUUGGGAUCUUGCUAGAUUUGCUGCAUUCCUCCUGCAAGAGGCAUCAUGCAGUGCAUUAUCCCCUUCUCAAAUGGGGCAGGUUUAAUGAGCUUUCCUUCUUCUUACAUGCCAAGAAAAGAAAUUCCCCAUCUCAUCUCAUCUCAUCUCAUCUCAUCUCACUGGAUUUUAUUAGUUCCUUCCUAUAGAUAGAAGCAUCUGCAUUAUGCAUUGUAUUAUGCAUUAAUCUUCACAUGGUAUUAUUCAUGGAUGUAAUGAGGGCCAGCAAAGACUAAUAAUAAAUUCCUUCAUUUGGGUGGGGUGAAGAAGAAAAGAGGAAAAGGAAGAAGAGAGAAGAAGGAAGAAGAGAGAAGAUGCCACCAAAAGUGUGGUUUGCCCUGAAGAAGUCUCUCCCCUGCAAAUCAGAGGCAUUGGAUGUGCAUGAUCCAAAGCCCAGGAAUCAGCUGAGCACCAUGCUGAAGAGGAGGAGGAGGAGGCCAUGUGGUGGAUCAGGGUGCUCAAGGUCCAUAGAGAACCUCAAGGAUGUUAUCCAUGGAGGGAAGAGGCACACUGAGAGGCCCACCACCACAACAACAAGCUGCAGCCCAAGGUCCAUUGGGAGCAGUGAGUUCCUUGGCCCCAUUGCCCAUGAGGUGGUCCUCAAUGACUCCAUGUGUGAGCUCAAGAUCACCCAUGGCUGUGCUGCUGCUGCUGCUGCUGCUGCUGCUUCUGCCAUUAAUGGUGGUGGGGAUGUGGGAGCCACUUUUGUGGGCUCACUGAGGCCUGGAACACCCGGGCCUUCUUACCUGAGGAAGUCCUCUCUCUCUGCCUCUGAUUCUUUUGCUCUUGGCAAUGGUGAGGGGAGCAACCAUGAAGGGUGCUUUUCAGGGAAUAGGGCUUCUUCUUGCAGUGAGGGUGGUUCAUCACAGAGGCACUCCACCAGUUUGAGUUGCCAUAAGUGUGGCAAGCAGUUUCUGAGGUGGGAUGCUCUGGAAGAGCACCAUCUCUCCAAGCAUGCAGUGACGGAAUUGCAAGAAGGCGACUCAUGUCGAAGGAUAGUCGAAAUCAUAUGCAAAGCCAGUUGGUUGAAGUCUGAAAUAAGCUGUGGGAGGAUUGAGAGGGUUCUAAAAGUCCAUAACAUGCAACGAACCCUCGCUCGCUUCGAAGAGUACAGAGAGACAGUAAAACUGAAAGCCAGUAAGCUUUCCAAGAAGCAUCCUCGCUGUUUAGCCGACGGGAAUGAACUGCUGAGGUUCUUUUGUACGACCAUUUAUUGUUCUCUUGGAACGAAUAGUUCGUCAAAUCUUUGCACUUCAAGCAAGUGCAAUGUUUGUCGCAUCAUUAGACAUGGGUUUUCGACAAAGAAGGAAAUGAAGGAUGGGAUAGGAGUAUUCACCACAUCUACUAGUAAAAGAGCAUUGGAAACUAUCGAGAUAAAUGAAGAUGAUGCUUCUAUGAGGAAGGCCUUGUUGAUAUGUAGAGUGAUCGCGGGGAGGGUUCAUAAGCCGAUGGAGAAUCUUCAAGAUUUCGUGGUUCAGCCGGGUUUUGAUUCGGUGGCAGGAAGAGUCGGUCUAUACUCCAACAUCGAGGAGCUCUACCUGCUUAACCCGCGAGCUCUUUUGCCGUGUUUUGUGGUAAUAAGUAGAAGUUGAGUGAGCUAGUUUCUAUUUUCUGCAGCAAAAUUAUCAAAACCAUAAGAAAAGGUUUUGCGUUAUCUUACAAAAUUAUACUGUGGUGGUGGACACAUUCCAUUCAUUUUUGUCUGAUUAUCGACUAUCUUUAUUUCUGUUGCUUUUUUCAAAUUAUGAAACAGAACAGUUUCUUUGGUUGUAUCUGCAUCAUUUGGUGAAGAAAGAUUAAUUACUGGAAA